CUCCAUUUAAUAUUCAGUCGACGGUUGCUUCGUAGAUGUAAGCAACAUACAAAAUGCUCCGCGAACAUUUCCUUACUGGUCUUAGUUUACUAGUAACUUUUAUUUUAAACUUCAAGCAGUGUUAGUUCCCAAUUAGUUCUCGAUUCUCUAAAAGUAAAUGUGUUCUAUCCAAGUGGAUUCCAGGUAUCAAUUCCGGCAGAAAAUGGUGUCACUUCUAUGACUUUUAAUGGCCAACUCAACAGCGAAUUAGAUGGUGUGGAAAUCGGUAUGUGGUUUGACGAUGACGUGCGUCCGAACAAUGGUCAACUAAUAUUUAAAAACAGCACAUCAAAUCUUAGAAUCGGAGAUGUAAUUUAUUACCGAAUAAGCGUUACCUCUUCUGGACAAACAAAGCAAUACGAAGAUGGAGUAUACGUUGUGGCGGGAUACAAUAACAAAGUGGGAAGUACGAACAUUUGGCAUGCUCCGUCGAUGGAUACCACGAGCGCUGAAUGUAAACCAUCGAUAACAGUCGUAAAUGGCGUCCAACAAAAGUGCGCCGAACGUUUGAUAUUUAGUGAAACGUUCUCAGGUAACAGAUUAGAUACCUCCAAGUGGACUCCACAAGAACGCUUCGCUGGCCAGCCUGAUUACGAAUUUGUCACAUACUUAAAGCGCGAAGAUGUUGUUUACGUGAACCAAGGACAUCUUUUCAUAGAGCCUAAACGCAUGACGGAUUUUUAUGGACAGAGCAUUUUCAAUUUCAAUCUAACUCUCAAUUUACACCCUGAUUGCACUGGAGAGCUAGAUACGAAUGAUUGUAUCAGGAGGAAUUCUGUUGAUAUAGUCCCACCAAUAGCAUCCGGUCAAAUUACUACAAAAGGAUACUUCAGCUUUCUGUAUGGCUCCGUUCAGAUUAGGGCUAAACUUCCCGAUAUUCCCUGGUCAUUUUUGCAAUUCUUCCUAGAACCGACGGAAAAUGCUUAUGGAAACUAUAACCUCAAUUCUGGACAAAUGCGGGUGGCGUUUGUUACCGGAAUAGAUACGUGUAUUCUUUCGGGGGGCGUUAUUUCAAACGGGGACAAAACAUCCAGAAAUGAUCAUAUAUGUGAGAAACCAUGCAAUAAUAAUCGAAAAUGGAGUUCGGAUUUUCACAUUUACAGCUUAAAAUGGACCCCCAACUCCAUCACAGUAUCAGUUGAUGGGAAACAAUAUUGCGAAAUAGGUCCUAUGAAGGAGCCCUACUUCACCGGAAUCGAUGGUGAACUGAUUCCCACCCUAACAUUAUUAAGGCCUACAACGGAGAUGGCACCAUUCGAUCAUCCAUUCCACUUAACAAUUGGUUUAGGAAUUGGCGGUCACACCGAAUUUUCCGAUGAAUUACCAAAUAAACCGUGGUCCAAUCUUGAUCCAAGAAGUAUGCGAAAAUUUUGGAAAGACGUUAAACAAAAAACGUACCCUAGAGGACGACUAGAAGUUGACUACAUUCAAGUUUUUACUGUGUAAAUAAUGUGAAUGGACUUAGUGAUAAGCUAAAUUUGUAAUUCAAGUACAGGGUGCGGCAGCAUAACUUCCUUUUUUCAAAACUCAAUAAAAACUAUUGUAUGCAUCGGAAAAUA